CUUCUUUCUGUAAUUUUAUCCACUGUCUUCUCCUGGGCGAAACGACUACAAAUUUAGGGCAAAUGCACGCUAUCGUGGUAAAGAACUGGCUCAAGGGCCCCAACGACAUGGAGGUCAAGGACAUCCCGGUGCCGACACCCAAGAGCAACGAGCUGCUGGUGAAGGUCGAGGCUACAGGAGCCAACUUCUUCGAUAUCCUGAUGGUGCAGGGCAAGUACCAGAUCAAGCCGCCAUUCCCGUUCACGCCAGGCGCCGAGUUCGCCGGUACCGUGGUGUCGGCACCCGCCAACUGUCGCUUCAAGACCGGCGACCGCGUGUUCGGGUCAAACCCCACUGGCGCCUACGCUGAGUACAUUGCGGUGCCCGAGAUCCAAUGCUUUGCGAUCCCCUCGACACUGAGCUUCGAAGAGGCUGCGGGUCUGUACAUCACUUAUCCGACUAGCUACGCCGGCCUGGUUCUGCGUGCCGACGUGAAAAAGGGUGACUGGGUUCUGGUGCAUGCUGCGGCUGGCGGCGUCGGCAUUGCCGCUGUGCAGAUUGCCAAGGCCCUGGGCGCCAACGUCAUUGCUGCUGUCGGCAACGAGGGCAAGUUUGAUAUUUGCAAGGCACAGGGCGCCGAUCACUGUAUCAACUACCGUGAGCCCGACUGGACUGACAAGGUUAUGCAGAUUACUGCCGGUAAGGGUGCCGAUGUCGUCUAUGACCCGGUUGGCCUGGUCGAGAAGUCGCUCAAGUGCAUUGCAUGGAACGGCCGUGUCGUUGUGGUUGGCUUUGCUGCUGGUGCUAUUGAGAAAAUUGCUGCCAACCGGAUCCUGCUCAAGAACGUCGCCGUCACCGGCGUCCAUUGGGGUGCGUACACACGCAAUGAGGCGGAGCGCAUUCCCGAGGUCUGGGAGGCGCUAUUCAAGCUGGCCGAGGAGGGAAGGAUCAAGCCCGUUGUGUGGGAUCCCGUGUUCGAGGGUCUCGAUAAGGUCAAGGAUGCGCUGAAGGCGAUCUCGAACAGAGAGACCUAUGGCAAGGUGGUGGUCAAGCCCACCUCGACUCCUGCUCGUUUGUGAAACAAAAUUAUUACUGUCUUUCUGAAGUUUCCUAUAUUACAUCACUGAAAUCAU